AUGCGAUGGCUCGUCAGCGACGCGCAGCCCAACGACUCCCUUUUCUUCCAUUACUCCGGGCACGGAGGUCAGACGAAAGAUCUAGACGGUGAUGAAGAAGAUGGGUUUGACGAAGUACGAAUCUUCCUUUCACUCGUGUUACUAUUCGAUACGUACUUAGCUUCAUUGUCACCUUUGGAUCCCAGGUUGAUUUCCAAGAAAGUGGACAUAUCGUUGAUGACGCUCACAGCUAUUUAUGAUUCUUGCCACUCUGGAACCGCCCUUGAUCUACCUUACAUUUAUUCCACCGAAGGUAAAAUCAAGGAACCUAACCUCGCUGCCGAAGUUGGUCAGGGUCUCCUGGGAGCCGUGACUUCCUACGCCAGAGGCGAUAUGGGCGGGGUAUUCCAGUCCGCCAUGGGGAUUUUCAAGUCGGCAACCUCCUCAACCAAGGCCGAAAAGAUCACCAAGGCCACCCGGACAAGUCCAGCAGAUGUGAUUUCUUGGAGCGGAUGUAAGGAUGAUCAGACGAGUGCUGACACGCAAGAAGCCGGCCAGGCGACUGGGGCUAUGAGCUUUGCUUUUGUCUCCGCUCUCAAGGAAAAUCCUCAACAAAGCUACCAACAGCUUCUGAACAGCGUCAGAACCAUCCUACGUGACAAUUACAGUCAAAAGCCGCAGCUCUCAGCUUCUCAUCCCAUGAACUCUUACAUCUUUGACCCGCACAAACCUAGUUCAUCCAUGGCAGUACCAGAAACAGCAGUGGCGCCCAAGAAAUGGAGCGCACAUAUGAUCGACAUCUACUCUAGGAGGAAUGCAUACGGUCCUAUUCUUGGUACCGUCUCCCCUGCUGAGAUCGAAGCUAAGGCCAAGGAAGCAAGAAAAGAGUAUCCUGGCUCGUUCAUGUACGCGGGAGGGAGUGCUGGCACCAAUUCCACCUACGCAGCCAAUCUGAGCAUCUUCGAUCAGUACAAGCUAAUCCCCCGUAUGCUUGUAGACGCAACCAAUCGUAAUCUUCAGACCACGCUCUUUGGUGUGAAAUACCCUUCGCCUAUCCUUCUCGCGCCCAUCGGUGUUCAAGGUGUCUGCCAUGCGGACGGUGAAUUGGGAUCAGCCCGGGCAGCAUCCAAGAUGGGCGUCCCGUUCAUUAUGAGCUCCGCCUCCUCUAGGACGAUUGAAGACACAGCCAAAGCUAGUGGCUCUGGUCCUAGAUGGUAUCAGCUCUAUUGGCCGCGAUCUAACGACGUUACUUUGUCCCUCCUUUCUCGCGUCAAGGCAAAUGGGUUUACUGCACUUGUAGUAACCCUAGACACGUUCCUCCUUGGUUGGCGCCCACACGAUCUCCAGGAUUCAUAUCUCCCGUUCUUCCACGGUAUUGGAGUACAGGUUGGCACGUCAGACCCCGUGUUCAUGGCUAGGUACGGCAGACAACCAAUAACCGAUAUCCCCGAGUUCCCGUACGACCCAAAGAAGCUGGACGCGGCCUAUGCCAGUGGAGACGAGAAAGUCAAAGAUGCCGUUUUCUUUGGUAUGGAGUACCUCAAGGAAACCAAUUCGGGUCUGUUUAGGAAGUGGGAAGACCUCAAGUUCCUUCGGGAUAAUUGGGACGGGCCUUUGGUCCUGAAAGGGAUUCAGUCUGUUGGGGAUGCGGAGAGGGCGAUCGAAUGCGGAGUGGAUGGUAUCAUUGUAUCUAACCAUGGCGGCCGCCAAAUUGACGGUGCAAUCCCGUCCUUAUAUGCCCUUGACAAGAUCAUGCAAUCUCCCGUCAUCCUCGAGGCCCAGAAGAGCGGAAAGCUUACCGUCUUGUUCGAUUCCGGGAUUCGGACUGGCAGUGACAUUAUCAAGGCUCUCGCACUAGGCGCACAGGGCGUGUUGCUCGCUCGUCCUUAUCUAUACGGCUUGAUGAUUGGGGGUCAAGAUGGCGUGGAGGAGGUCAUCAAGAACACUCUCGCCGAUCUAGAAAUCUCGAUGGGUCUUAUUGGCUUUACGGGGAUUGAUGAAAUCAUCGGUAGUCGAGACAAAGUCCUCUUGCAUGCCUCUAAAUUAUGA